GCGAGUGCGAGUGCGGGAGCUCGAGCGGGCGGAGGCGCGCGGCCGGACCAGUAGCUAGCAGCCCGCGGAGCCCGAGGACCCGAGCCGGGCCAUGGCGCUGUCGAUGCCGGUGAACGGGCUGAAGGAGGAGGACAAAGAGCCCGUCAUCGAGCUCUUCGUCAAGGCUGGCAGUGAUGGUGAGAGCAUAGGAAACUGUCCCUUCUCCCAGAGGCUCUUCAUGAUCCUUUGGCUCAAAGGAGUGGUAUUCAGUGUCACCACUGUUGAUCUGAAAAGGAAACCUGCAGACCUGCAGAACUUGGCUCCAGGGACUCACCCACCAUUUAUAACUUUCAACAGUGAAGUCAAAACGGAUGUGAACAAGAUUGAGGAGUUUCUUGAGGAAGUCUUAUGCCCACCUAAAUACUUAAAGCUUUCACCAAAGCACCCAGAGUCAAACACUGCUGGAAUGGACAUCUUUGCCAAAUUUUCUGCAUUUAUUAAGAAUUCAAGGCCAGAAGCUAAUGAAGCAUUGGAACGAGGUCUCUUGAAAACACUGCAGAAAUUGGAUGACUAUCUGAAUUCUCCUCUUCCUGAUGAAAUCGAUGAGAACAGCAUGGAGGACAUUAAGUUUUCCACCCGAAAAUUCCUGGAUGGCAACGAGAUGACAUUAGCUGACUGCAACUUGCUGCCCAAACUGCACAUCGUCAAGGUGGUGGCCAAGAAGUAUCGCAAUUUUCUCAUCCCGAAGGACAUGACUGGCAUCUGGCGCUACUUGACUAACGCAUACAGCCGGGAUGAGUUCACCAACACCUGUCCUAGUGAUAAGGAGGUGGAGAUAGCAUAUAGCGACGUAGCCAAAAGACUCACUAAGUAAAACAGCCUCAGGAGAGGGACGGCUUCCUGUCCUCCCCCUUUAACAGAACACGCUUCUUAACAGAAUACUGCUCCUCUUCCUAUCACAUAGAGGUCAUAUUUUGCAUGAAUAUGCAGUUACUCAAAAUUAGGAUAAAGGAUAGACCAGGUACAGUAGCUAUCAAAAAUAUACACUCCUACGAAGUGUUGAAGUGGUCUUUUUUGGUGUGUUUUUUUAAUCCCAUUUUUUCCUGCCCCCUCUGAAUUCUCUUGAGUUUGGAGACGCUCCAUAACAACAGUGUAUUUAUCUAUAGGUAUUUAUCAUCUUUUCAGGGCACUCUUGUGUCUGUUCCAUGUGGGUGGCACAGAGUUACAUAGAAUUGGAUUUACCUUUAUUAAAGUGGUGAUGGGAACUUCACAAGGCAGCCCAAACUCUCAGACCCUUGACACAAGCUCCACGGAAUAUGUCUGGAUUUGGGCUUUCUGAAUUGUUAGCCAGAUUGUGCAGAAAGGCUGCCCCUCUAUCAGCAGUGUCCAGCUAUACCCGUCUAGGCUCGCUGCAUCUGUAUGAAAGCAGACCCUUUUACAGAUUAGCCCUCCCCAGCCUUGUUUUGUGCAGGAAUCCUUUUUCUUCCUUGUUCUCCCUAAAAGCGUUUAUUGGUUUCUUUAUUCUGGUCGUAACCUCUCUGACAAAAUAGUAUAAACAGAAUGUUUGUAGGAAGAGCUGGUGGUGCUGAGACCUUCCCAGACCAUUGUAUCAUCAUGAUAGGAGGAGCACAUGGACAUUGCGGGCAUUGGGUCUUCUUCAGCUCAAUCUAACUUUGCAUUUUUGGUCCCAACAAUAGAGCCUGACACCCUUGGUUUGGAAACAGUAUUGAAUUCUCCGGUUUGGUUUGAAUUGAAAUUGGCUUCUUUGGAGGUAGCCAAGAACCUCUGCUCUUUAUAGGUCUUUUGUGAAAAUUUCUGUGAGUAAAUUCACUUGUAAACUAGAAUCUCAGUAAUGUAGAUAGAGACACUCUGUGUAGACAGAAGUGCAGUGAGCUGCAAGGCGAGCCUGAGCAUUUAAGGAAGGCUCAGAGGGGCCCUUUGGGAAGUCUCUGGUUUGGUUUGGUUUGGGGAGCGUAUUGGCUCAGUGACCUUGCCUGAAGCAACCUCCCGUCCUGGCCCAGGAGAGAGGCCUGGUCACCCCUUUGGGGACGUCAUCGAAGCCACCGCCAGUGUGUGCCUGAGCACAGGUAGACAGCAGUCUGGCAUAAUUAUGAUCUUGGCCCUUCUGUGAAUCGUCUUACUGCAGCCACACUGAGAAAUAGCAUCAAAACCACUGAGACCACCCCUGAAAGAAUUGACAUUCUUCUAAGUCAAGGGUCAGUUUUGUUUUCCUGAGGGAUGAAAAGCAAGUGGGUUGGGGACAUUUGCAGUGUUUAUUAAUCUAAUUAUUUUUAAAGCUGGCAUGAGUGCUGCUCCAGAGAAUAUGGCUGGUUAGAAAAUGAUCUGGUAACAGCUUUUUAUAUUUUAUAAAACUUGGCAGUGCUAUUUCUCCUAGGCUCUAUUGUGGGGAUUUUCAGACACACUGCUUAAAAUGGCGACGCUCUCCCCCUUUUAUAUGCUAACGUUUCAUAGACAUUGGCUUUAUGGGAGCAACCUGACUCUUCAAAGUAUCCUGCAUUUUAAUUUUUUUGUGCUACUUUACAUACCAUGAAGUUAACUCAGUGUAGGAAAAUAACAAAAACAACAACAAGGUCUGUUUUGUGUCCGGUUGGCUCAGGAAGAUGCCUUGGUCUCACCUUUGCUAUUAGCCCCACUGCAGAUCAAAUGUUGGCAAAUGGGUUGGUUUUUUUUUCCUGUCUCAAAAACCAUGCAUGGAGACUCUUGCAGUUCCAGAAGAAAAAAACUGCAGAUCAGUUCUUGAGGACUGAUGGGCCCUUCUCAUGCACCCAGAAUCAGAGGGCUGCGUCUGCCCGCAGGCAUCCCCACAAGCUAUUACCCUCCCUUGUGGGUUGUGGCAUUGCCCUUCCCAUGAGACAUAGGGAGUGGAGGAAAGAGGGAGAGAACAGAGAGUGAGGGAGAGAAGGGGCAUCCAGAUUAUUUCUAGGCAAACUGAGGACUGAUAAAGGAGAGGUGGUUUUGUGGUUGCCAUGGCCAGAAGCUGUGAGUUCUUUGAUCACACUUAGGUAAACUGAUCCUUGAAUCGCAGCAGAUGCAGUCAUCCUGUCGCCUGUGGUCAUAGAGAAGCCUUCCCAGCUUAGUAGAGGACUGGCCAGGGCCUGUGUCCCCCCGGCACAGCUUUGGGGAGCCCAGGGUCGCUUCUAGUCUGCAGAAGGAGGAUGAGGAGACACAGACAGUGAAAGAGGGCAUUGCUGGUGAGAGAGCCUCCUCAUUCUCUUUGUUAAAUGGCUCUGUCCAGCCUUUUCCAUCACCUCUGGCCCACCCUUCUUCAUGGGAACUUAACUAACCCGAUGUGACUUAAUUUGGAUCCAGAUAUCUUUAUGUAAGAACAUAUGUUUCAUCACUUUUAGCUCUCUGUCUAAACAAGGAUAUUAUAUAGUCCAGGAGAGUUGUGACUUUGGUAAAUAAAUUCGAACUGAGAAAAAAUUAUAGGACUGUUGUCCAGAAUCCUGGUCGUGAGCCUUCUGCCAUGCAUCUGGCCCCUCUCUGUCACCAGAGUUGCAUGGCAUUGACCUUGUUGUGAAGGUUACUGUCGAAAGGAUCAGUCCUGGGUGAGAGGGCAGCUUGGGCCUUGGUGUGUCUGCCGCCACCAGAUCAUAUGCCCUGGAUUCCCCUAUGUAUGCAGAGCCUCAGCAGGGAGCGCAGACGUCAGAUGCACGGUGGUGGGGCGGGGAGGGGGCUCUCCUCACUCUCAGUGAUGCCGGUGGCCCAGAGGAGAACACCUGCGCGGGGGGCCUUCUCGUGAAGGGUAGUCUGCCUGCGGCCCCGGCGUCGUCAGCUUCUGUAACUUUAUAUUUCCUGACCAGACCUUUUCUUCGAGGCCUGCGCCCUGCAGAGAUGGAGGGCUCUCUGUCCAUGGCAGGACCUCCUCAUCUUGUUCUUGCCCUGCUAUUGUUGCGUUUCCCCACAGCUGAAUGCAGUUGUCGGAUCAUCUCUAUUCCGUGUAGCUAACAUCCAUUUAGAAACUAGCCAAAAAAGCGAAGUUUAGAACAAAUAGAUGUUUAUUUUGUUUUAUACCUUUUUUGAUGGCUUUGAUCAUCUUGUGGUUAAGUGUGCUGAUGAACCCAUUUCUUGUGCUAUUUAUAAUCAGCGUUUGAUUUCAAAGAGAGACAAGUUUGUUGUGUUGUAGGUCCCAUGCGUCAGCCCCUCCACGGCCAUGUGAGGCUCCUGCCACCAGGCUUAUGUUUUUGCCAGGGAAAUAGUCUCAGCUCCUGAAGCCAUAGCAUUGGACAGAAUCGGAAUAUUUUCUGCAGAAUUACUUGAACAGUGCAAUGAAAAGAUGCAUUGUAGCAGGCCUCUGUCUUCCUUUCUCUCUGGAACUUCCUUGACAGACACACAGUAUACUGCUGGCAGCUGUUUAAAAAAAAUAAAGUUAUAUUUUCACUACCAAAAAA